GGACAGUUGUCAGAGAUGUCUUCUCCCAUAUCAUACCCCUACGUUGUAAAGAAAAAUUACAAUAAUUUAUCGCUAAUUUCUGCUCUGCAACAUCUCCGCAAAUUCUCCUCCUCCGAUUCCUUCCAUUGUAGAGAAAGUGCCGGCGCUUGAGCGAAGUGGAGAGAAGAUCUGAGAUCUGGAACUCCAACAAUGAGGUCGGAUUCCUUGGUGAAUGCUGAAUCCUUUCGAACUUCUCCAUUAUUCAAGAUCGCUAUCUUCCUUCUUGCUUCUGUUACCUUCUUUUACUUUGGGAAGCAUUGGUCCGAUGGGUACCAGCAGCUUGUCUUCUACACCGGCACCAUUCAAGCUUCCUCGGUGUCACUUUCGCCGAACUAUGAUAAACACUUCAAUAUCUCUAGUCUGAUUCAUCAGAAUGAUACGCACGUGCUUCCUGAUAAGACAUUGAAUCUCGACCCAACUCCACCGCCGUUGCUUCGUACCGACCCUCCUCCUCCGCCGUCCGAUUCGGUUCAGAGAUUUGGAAUUCUGGACAAGAAUGGAACAAUGUCGGAUCAAUUUGAGGUCGGGGAUUUGGAUCCUGAAUAUGUGGAGAAUUGGGGGAAUUCCACUGAGGUUCACCAUGGCGAGGGCAGUUCUAGGAACUUCCGGAUUAAGAAGUUCGGCCUCUGCCCUCAGAACAUGAGUGAGUAUAUACCUUGUUUGGAUAAUCAAGAGGCAAUUGCAAAGCUCAAGUCAACGGAGAAAGGGGAAAAGUUCGAGAGACAUUGCCCAGUUGCCGGUGGAGGUUUCGAUUGCUUGAUUCCGCCGCCGAAGGGGUAUCGAGCCCCGAUCCCUUGGCCAAAAAGCAGAGACGAGGUCUGGUUCAGCAAUGUUCCGCAUACUCGUCUAGUUGAGGAUAAAGGGGGCCAGAACUGGAUUACCAGAGACAAAGAUAAGUUUAGGUUUCCUGGAGGUGGUACACAGUUUAUACAUGGAGCAGAUGAAUAUUUGGAUCACAUUUCAAAGAUGAUCCCUGAUAUCGCGUUUGGUCAUCAUACUCGCGUUGUUAUGGAUAUUGGAUGUGGAGUUGCAAGUUUUGGCGCCUAUUUGUUGUCACGUGAUGUCGUUACAAUGUCAAUUGCUCCAAAAGAUGUUCAUGAGAAUCAGAUUCAAUUUGCUCUUGAACGUGGUGUGCCUGCAAUGGUUGCUGCAUUUGCAACUCAUCGCUUAUUAUAUCCCAGUCAAGCCUUUGACUUGAUACAUUGUUCACGAUGCAGAAUCAACUGGACUCGUGAUGAUGGCAUUUUGCUGCUUGAGGUUAACCGAAUGCUCAGAGCUGGAGGAUACUUUGCAUGGGCAGCUCAACCAGUUUAUAAGCACGAAGAAGUUUUGGAGGAACAGUGGGGAGAGAUGCUCAAUCUUACCACCCGACUUUGUUGGGAGUUUGUGAAGAAAGAUGGAUAUAUAGCAAUUUGGCGGAAGCCAUUAAAUAAUACUUGCUAUCUUAAUCGCGAGGCAGGAACUAAACCACCACUUUGUGACCAAAAUGACGACCCAGACAGAGUAUGGAAUGAAGAUCUUAAGACAUGCAUCUCUCGCCUUCCAGAAGACGGUUACGGGGCAAAUAUCACUGUUUGGCCUGCGCGGUUACACACACCACCUGAUAGGCUUCAGACAAUACAAUAUGAUGCCUACAUUUCCAGAAAUGAGCUCUUCAAGGCAGAAUCUAAAUACUGGAAUGAGAUAAUAGAAAGCUACGUUCGUGCAUUUCAUUGGAAGACAUUUAGACUAAGAAACGUUAUGGAUAUGAAAGCAGGAUUUGGAGGAUUUGCUGCGGCUUUGAUCGAUUUAAAACUAGAUUGCUGGGUGUUGAAUGUUGUUCCGGUUAGUGGGUUCAACACCUUGCCUGUUAUUUAUGAUCGUGGACUUCUUGGAGUUAUGCACGAUUGGUGUGAACCAUUUGAUACAUAUCCAAGAACAUAUGAUUUAUUGCACGCAGCUGGUUUGUUCUCAGUCGAACGGAAAAGGUGCAAUAUGUCAACCAUAAUGCUUGAGAUGGAUAGAAUACUGAGACCGGGUGGACGAGUAUACAUCCGAGACUCUGUUGCAGUCAUAGAUGAGCUUCAACAUAUUGCGAAGGCCAUGGGGUGGCGAGUGGAUGUGCACGAUACGUCAGAAGGCCCUCAUGCAAGUUACAAGAUCAUGAUGGCAAAUAAGUUCCUCCUAAGUGCAUAAAAGGGAAGAAAAAAUGUUUUCAGUCCCUACACUACUAACCCCCUAUUUAAGGCCAGAUUAGCUACCACCAUCUUAACAAGCAAUAAAAGAUGUCUACUUAGAGAUCAUCUCAAGCGUGAAAACUUCUGGAUGCCCUUGGCUUACCAAUUCCAACAUGUAAUCAAUCAUAUAGGUACUCUCUAUUAUACCUUCAUUAUAGCUGACGAUUUCAUAGCUGAUAUAGUUCAAUUUUUCUGUCAUAUAUUUUUUAAACUGGCUUCAAAAUGAGAGCCAAUUUUGUUGUAUUAAUAUUUUGUGACUCAAUUGUGAACAGUUCACUGGUUGAUCAACAAACUGAACUUGUAUAACUUGGAGUUGGAAGGUGAAGUUUAUUUACUAUCAUCCUCAUGAUUAUACAUUUUGAUUUCUGUA